AUGAAACUCAUCCUUGACCUCUUCGUCGUUUUGAUCAUCUCGUCUUACACAGGUUCUACACAAGUCAUACUCAAAAAGGGCUGCACUCUGCAUCAAUCGGUACUCGUAUGCAGGGAAGUGGUACCCAGUGGAGAGGACCUGCAAAGUCCAGGGAUCCAAACCUUGGUAAUGUCCCAGCUACCAGAGGGAACAUGUCUCUCCUUGGUGGAUCCACAGCUAGCCACCAGCGGCAUUCAGAAGAUUGAGGUUCAGCGGUCCUUCAUCGACAGGGUGGAGGAAGGCUACUUUGCCAAAGUUGGAGGAAAGAAUAAACUGAAGCGUUUGACGCUCAGAAACGUUCAAGGCUCGGCAGUGGUGGACAGAAACAUGCUUCAGGGGUUGGAAAAGUCCUUAAAUUAUUUGGUGGUGACGAACGGCCUCAAGGUCAACAUUGCCGACCUAACAAAAAUGGAAUAUCUCUCAGAUUUAGAAUUAAUGAGCACGGAGGUUGUUGGAACAGCAGCAGAUUUCGAGAAACUCCUACCUCGGCUACGCUCACUGGAUAUAAAGAAAUGUAAGAGUUUGCAGUUACCAUGGGAGGCAUUGGUCAAAUGGUUAACAGAAAGUGACGCCCGCCGCCUGAAAAUUAAUGACAAUGAUUGGAUUUGCAAUUGUUCCAUGGCGAAGCUUAAGCACUUACAACCGGGUGUUGUGCAAAGUGAGCUGCAAAAGCUGAAGUGUGCAGGACCACCAAAUAUCGCUGGAAAGCAGUUAUUCGAGCUUUCAGAGAAGGAACUCUGCCCAGAGGGUGAACUGGAUAUGGAGCAGAAAGGCGAAAAGGGACCUUUGGAGACCUCAAGCAGCACCAGAGGGGAUAUUAGUGGUGGAAGUAGUAGUGGCAGUAACAUUGGUGGAUCUAACCCCGGAAUUUCUAGUGGACAACAAGGAAAAAGCGAUGACGGGGGAAAGAGCGGCGCCAUGCGAACUGAGGUGAUUAUCGGGGGCACGGUGCUCAAACUCUCCGCUCACCGCCUUUCAGUCUUUGGAUUGCCAUUUCAUUCGCCUCUGCCGCCACCACUGUCAGAAGAGGCGAUUAAUGAAGAGGGCAGCUGA